UUCCCAGAAUUUUCGUGGGGUAAUAUCAGCAGUGUGGGUGAAUAGAUGGGUUGCGGUCGAACGUAACCCGGCACCCAGCUUGCGAACCCGGUGCAUUGACAAGCUAGGCGCCAGGCUGAGAACGUCCUGAUACCGACAGCCCACAUCUGCCGGCAGAGCAGGCGCGAAGGUGCAGCGGGGCAACAGAUGCGAAGGAGCGAUAGGUGAGAGGGAAGAGAUGAUGCGAAGGGACAAGCUUGCGUACCGACACAGCUGGCAUCAGAGGCAGGCUGAAUGGCGGUUUGGGCGGCGGCAGGAUGAGAUACUAGGCGGCAAGUCGGAUGCGAGGAGAGAGAUCAUCUUACCGACAGCGCAGAAUCAUAUUCUUGCCAACGCAGAAUCAUGUUCGCGCCAACAGAGCAGAUGGAGUGCUGGUACUGCGCACGCAGGAUCACGCGUCCCGCCACGAUCGAGAAGGAGUGGCUGUCAGGACUCGAACAGAGGCCGCAGGGCGCCCGGGCCAGUCAGACAGCAAGAUACGGCCGACGCGGGUGGAGCGAGGUGGGAUUCCGAGGAUGAUGACAGGUAAGAAUAAGUGGAAACCGCAAGUAUAACUAGAAACCGCGCGAUAUGAGCCACUCUGUGACG